CCAGCUGUCACUCUAACAGGAUCUCUCUCUCUCUCUCUCUCUCUCUCUCUCUCUCUCUCUCACUUUGAUUUUCUGUUCGCACGUCGUUAUUUCUAUUUAUGUAUAUAUAUAUUUUUUCCCCCGACGAUGUUACUGAAACGUUUACAUUUUACAGUUAUUUCCCAGUGCAGCUUGUCCGUUUCCACAGUGUUUUUCGCACUCCUCUUAUUAGACGCGCUGGAGCCGAUGGAGCUGCCCAGCUGUAAAGAGUCAGAUUACCACUUUGAGUAUACAGACUGUGAUGUUCUGGGGUCCAGAUGGAGAGUGGCGAUACCCAACAAGCCUGACACAUGCACAGGCCUCCCUGACCCAGUUAAAGGAACACACUGCACGUUUUCAUGUGAGGAAGGUGAAUAUCUGGACAUGAAGACACAGGAGUGUCAGAAGUGUGCAGCAGGGACCUACUCCCUGGGUACAGGAGUUGCCUUUGAUGAAUGGGACAACCUACCUGCUGGCUUUAUCAGCCAUGGCAUCAAUAUGGACAUAGGAAACAUCUACACUAACUGCACCAAUUCAACUUGGACUCCUAAGGGGGACUACAUAGCCUCCAACACAGACGAAUGCAGCUCCACACUGUCGUAUGCUGUGAAUUUGAAACAGCCCGGCUCAGUCACUUUCCAGUACUUCUAUCCUGAUAACAGCAUCUUCUUUGAAUUCUUUGUUCAGAAUGACCAGUGCCAGUCUACUGAUUCUCAGAAUCGCUGGAUGAAGAUUUCUGAGAAUGAUUGGGGGUAUCACUAUGUUCAAUUGAAUAGUGGGAACAAUGUUCUAUACUGGAGAACCACUGGGUUCUCUCUGUCUGGCAGGGCUGUUAAACCGGUUCUGCUGAAGAACAUCGCUAUCACAGGAGUUGCAUAUACAUCUGAAUGUUUCCACUGUAAGCCUGGCACCUAUAGUGCUGAACCUGGCGCUGCUCACUGCACCCCCUGUCCAGUUAACACUUACUCCAACAAGGGGGCUGCUGCAUGCCAGCAGUGUGAAGAAGGGAAAUAUUCAGGGAUCGGGUCAGGAACAUGUCAGCAGAGGCCACCCUGCACGACCAGCGAUUACUUUUACACUCACACUCCUUGUGAUUCCAGAGCACAGACACAGCUGAUGUAUAAAUGGAUUGAACCAAAAAUCUGCAAUGAGAAUACAGAGGGAGCAGUCACUCUUCCAGCCUCAGGGGAGAUGCAGACCUGUCCUCCAUGUAAUCCUGGUUUCUUCACUAACAAUUCUUCAGCUUGCCAACCCUGUCCACAAGGCUUCUACUCCAAUGGAACAGCAUGUUCAGAGUGUCCUGCUGGAACGGAGCCAGUGAUGGGUUUCGAGUAUAAGUGGUGGAACAGGAUGCCCAGCAACAUGAAUAGUUCAGUCUACAGACAAGAGUAUAGCAGCACUCAGAGGAGCACAGGAUGGGAGGUAGCUGGCGAGUACGUUUACACGACGCCUGGAGAUUUGGACUCAGACUGUAUGAUGCUAACACUCUCUGUACCUGGUUAUAGCUUGCCCUACUCCUUGGAUAAAGAUAAUGAGAGAACAGAACUUUCUAGAAUCACAUUUGUCUUUGAAACCAAGUGCACAGCUGACUGCACACUUUACUUCAUGACCGGCUUGAAAGAGAGGGCCAAUCAUGUGGUGGAGACCUGGAGAGGCACUAUCAGGAAGCAGUCCUAUUCUUAUCUUAUUAUGAGCAAUUUCACUGUGAGCUUUACCUGGGGCUUUCAGCGCACUGAUACCUACAGUAUGGAACGACAGUACAGCUCAGACUUUGCUAAGAUUUACUCUCUUCACAUUACUAAUGUGAUUGGAGGAGUGGCUUCUCAGUGUCGACAGUGUGCACUAGACUCCUCUCAGACAGACCUGGCCUGUGUCUCCUGUCCUCCUGGACACUACAUGCUAAAUGGCACUGGAGUAUGCAGGAGAUGUCCACCAAACACCUUUAUAAGGCCUGAACAGCCUCUGGGAGAGGAAGCCUGCAUCCUGUGUGGACCUAAUACUAAGAGCAACCAAGCCGUGUCAGCCUGCGUGAGUGACUGCACUCUGGCUAUACAGUAUAAAGGAGAAACUCUGCAGUAUGAUUUCUCUCCCCUGGCCAGCGUCACUCACUUUCAGAGCAGCCCUCGCUUCACCAACAGAGGCCUUCGUUAUGUGUAUCAGUUCAGUGUGGGGCUGUGUGGCACAGAGGACCGUGUUCUGGCUUCCUGUGUUGAUAAUGUAACUGAGAGCAGGAAGGAGGUGAAUGGUUACAUCUGUCAGUCAAGCAUAGUGCCUACCGAUGUCAGAGGUCAAACUGUGGUGUCCUCACAACCCUUUGUUAUUGGAAGCACAUUGAUUGGGGUAACCACUGACUCCACACUUGAUCACAUCUCAUCUUCUGAGAGUACCUUCCCUGCACAAUCUGAUCUGCCUGAUGUCAUAUUUUACUACCGGACAAGUGAAACCACACAGGCAUGUAAAAAUGGCAGAUCUACUUCCAUCAGACUCCGAUGUGAUCCCACAGUGACGGCAAUGGAUCGGAUUUCCUUACCAAGUAACUGUACAGAGGGAACAUGUGAUGGCUGCUCCUUCCACUUCCUGUGGCGUUCUCAGUAUGCCUGUCCUCUUUGUUCUGAGAGGAACUAUAAAGAGAUAGUGAGUGCCUGUAUUCAUGGAAUUCAGAGGACUACCUAUGUGUGGGAACAGCCUCUGCAAUGUACAGGUGGAGUGCCUCUUCCAGAUCCACAGAUUAGUGCUUGUGUCACUUUGGACUUCUGGCUCAAAUUUGGUGCUUCUGUUGGAUCAGUGACAGCGAUACUGCUCAUAACCAUCAGCUGCUACUUCUGGAAACGGACACGCAAGCUGGAGUAUAAGUACUCAAAGCUGAUGAAUACAGAGUCAAAAGAAUGUGAACUUCCUGCUGCAGACAGUUGUGCCAUUAUGGAGGGAGAGGAUUCAGAAGACGAUCUCAUCUACCUCACCAAAAAAUCCUUUUUCACCAAAAUUAAAUCCUUCAGCAGAGAGAGAACAUCAGAUGGCUUUGACUCUGUCCCUCUGAAGUCAUCGUCAGGCAUGGAGAUGGAGAUGACCUAGACCCGUAAGCCGGCAACAGACAAUGGGAACUGCUCUAUGAAAACCUCACCCUCUGAAAAUCACUGUUUUUUAUGAUGUCCUCUUUGUAAACGUAAGAAAGAACGGCCAGAAGAGAUCCAUCUCUCACAGGGACAGUUCCACCACCGUUUUGAUUUUUGUUAUUCAAGGUUUUCUAUUGAGCGCAAGCAAUUUGUUUAACCUUCCUUCAUUUAUGAUUUGUGUCAAAGAUGAGAAAGCAUUAGUGGUCUGUAAAUUCUUGAUCACGGAUCAUCUUUGGGGGAAAAAACAAAACUAUAUAUCCAGCAGUGCAGUUAACAUUAUGUCAGGUCUGUUAAUUUGUGUUCAAUUAAGGUUAGCAGAUAUGAUGACUUUCCUGAGAAAGAUUUACCCCCCACCCCCCGUAGCGUUGUAUGCACAGCAGGAUAACCUGAUAUGACUAUAUUGUACCCCUAAUAUCUCCUGCUUCUAAUUUAAAGACAUUUCACUUGUCUUGAUUGUCUGCACAGAAUGUGAGUUAUAUAAAAAGUAUUUACUCCAAUUAAAAUCUUCAGUUAUUUUAAAA